GAGCCGAGCGGCGGCGGCGGCGGCGGCGGCGGCGGCGGCGGGAGCCCGGGAGGCGGAGGCUGGCGCGGGCGGCGGCGGCGGCGAGCGGAGACGCAGCAGCGGCAGCGGCAGCAUGUCGGCCGGCGGAGCGUCAGUACCGCCGCCCCCGAACCCCGCCGUGUCCUUCCCGGCGCCCCGGGUCACCCUGCCCGCCGGGCCCGACAUCCUGCGGACCUACUCGGGCGCCUUCGUCUGCCUGGAGAUUCUGUUCGGAGGUCUUGUCUGGAUUUUGGUUGCCUCCUCCAAUGUUCCUCUACCUCUGCUGCAAGGAUGGGUCAUGUUUGUGUCCGUGACGGCAUUUUUCUUUUCGCUUCUCUUUCUGGGCAUGUUCCUCUCUGGCAUGGUGACCCAAAUUGAUGCCAACUGGAACUUUCUGGAUUUUGCCUACCAUUUUACAGUGUUUGUCUUCUAUUUUGGAGCCUUUUUAUUGGAAGCAGCAGCCACAUCCCUGCAUGAUUUGCACUGCAAUACAACCAUGACCCUGCAGCCGCUCCUGAGUGAUAACCAGUAUAACAUAAACGUAGCAGCCACAAUUUUUGCCUUUAUGACGACAGCUUGUUAUGGUUGCAGUUUGGGUCUGGCUUUACGAAGAUGGCGACCGUAACACUCCUUAGAAACUGGCAGUCGUGUGUUAGUUUCAUUUGUCUACUUUAUAUGUCUGAUCAAUUUGGAUAACAUUUUGUCCAGAUAUAAAAACAUUCCAAAAGUAGUUUGUUUAGUAGGGAGAGACUCUAAGCUCAAGUUUUGGUUUAUUUCAGGGGUGGAAUGUUAAUUUUCUUAUGAUAUUUAAAAAAAAUGGCCUUUUAUAUUUCUCCCCUUCUUCCCUUCCUUUUUGCCUUUCUGAAAGUUUCCUUUUAUGUCCAUAAAAUACAAACUUAUGGUUCAUAAAA